CCAGAUCAGAAUAGGGCUCAGACCUGGUCAGCCCUACUCAAAGAUUACUUGCAAUCAGUUCAAAUUGUAACUCAAGGAUGGGUGCAAAAGAAGGGGGCUUGAGAACCUUGGAUACCUGUGAUCAAGCAGAAAAUGAUGCCAAGUUUGUUUCAAGUAUACACUGAAGGGCUUCUCUCUUUAACCACCUAGCAUGUUUACAGCUGUCACCAUCUUAACUGAUCCUGCUCCAGGGCCUUUAACAGCAUGAUACAGCCAAUUCUUUUAACAGCCUUCAGGCAAAUUCUAUUCAGAAAAGCAAUGGGAUCUUCACUUUAAGAAAAUGUCUAUUCUGUAAAGAGUUAAUAUUCUCAGGGGGCUCCAGGCCUUGUGGUUGCAACAUGUUUGAGUUGGAAAUGACUCACUCCUGCUGUUGGGAGAGUUAUAAACUUGGAAAAGGGGGAGGGAAGGCACCGAUGGAUUGAGGGAACAUUAAGGACAGAGCAAAGCUUGAACCGCAGAGAAAGGAGGUGGAGGAAGGAGAAAGAGAUCCAGAGUUGCUUUACUUGAAUUCCAGAAAAGCAGUUUCUGAAGCGCUCAGUGGAUUUUCCACGGUUUCCCAGGAGAGGCUUUUGCUACUCUUUUGCGGUUGAGGACUGCAGAGAAACUGGGCACAAGGAUGCCUUGGCUAGCAUUGCUGUUUCAGGUUUGCGCUGUUGCCCUCUUGGCCAGAGGUGCUGCUGUCAACCGAGUGGACGAGAAAGAAGCCCUGGAGUUUCUGCUUCAGUUUGGAUACUUACAGAAGCCACUGGAACAGCUCUCGGAUGACUUCUCAAAGGAGGAGAUUGCAGAUGCGCUGAGAUCCUUCCAGUUGGCGUCAGGGCUGCCUACCACUGGACAGAUGGACAAAGCAACCCUCUCCCAGAUGCGGCAGCCCCGCUGUGGUGUUGAAGACCCCUUCAAUGAGAGGACCCUGAAAUACCUCCUUUUGGGUCGCUGGCGCAAAAGGCACCUGACUUACCAGAUCUACAACCACGAUGAGGAUUUGGGGGUUGUGGCCACACGGACUGCCAUCCAGAGAGCUUUCAAGUACUGGAGUGACGUGACACGGCUCACCUUCCAGGAGGUGCGGACUGGCCGUGCUGACAUCCGCCUCUCCUUCCAUGGUUCCUCUCCUUGGGGCUGCUCACGGCCCUUCGAUGGGCCUGGGCAUGUGCUGGCGCAUGCUGACAUCCCCGAAUUAGGCACCGUCCACUUCGAUGCGGAUGAGCACUGGACCGAGGGGACCUCACGCGGCGUCAACCUGCGCAUCAUUGCUGCCCACGAGAUUGGCCACGCGCUGGGACUGGGUCACUCUCGGCACCCGACAGCGCUGAUGGCUCCCUCCUACGGCGGCUAUCGGCCGCGCUUCCAGUUGCACCAUGACGACAUCGAAGGCAUCCAGGCCCUGUAUGGCAAGAAGACUCCCUCCACAACGGCAACGGUGACCUCCCCUGCCCGCACCACCACCCCUGUUCUCUCGCUGAAGCCUAGUAAAGUUCCAAACCCAUGCAAAGAUGGACUGGAUGCCAUCAUGUUGGGGCCGUAUGACAAGACCUACGCUUUCCGUGGUGAUUACGUGUGGACGAUAACAGACUUUGGCCCUAACCCACCGCUGAAGGUCUCCGCGCUGUGGAAGGGCCUGCCAGGGUGGCUAGAUGCGGCUGUGUAUUCUCCCCGUACUGGGCGCACGUACUUCUUCAAAGGUACUAAACUGUGGCGUUAUCGGGGUUUUAAACUGGAUCCUGGUUACCCUAAACCCCUCACCCGUAUCCCAGCCAAGAUAGAUGCUGCCCUCUAUUGGCCAAAGAACAAGAAGAUCUUCAUCUUUAAGGGCACCGGCUUCUGGCAAUGGGAUGAACUGGGAAGCUAUUUCUCCACCCUGCCUAGGAAGAUCUCCACCCUUUUCACAGGAGCUCCAUCACACCUGGAUGCGGCAUUCACCUGGGAAAAUGGCAGGGUCUACCUUUUCAAGGGAAAGAACUACUGGAGGCUCAAUGACCAACUACGAGUAGAGAGAGGGUACCCAUUGAAUACAGCUGAGCGCUGGAUGCACUGUUAACAUGGACCAUGCUGCCUGGCAUGUUCCCCAGGACUACCCUAAGUCCCAUGGACUUGGGCCAUUUUAAUUUCUUGUAAUAUACUCAGCAGCGACACCUACAGGUGGCAUACAGGAGCAACAACUUUUCUGGAAUGGACCAAGGUGCUGGUGGGAGCAGAUACAAUGGACACCGUGUAAUUCUCUGUUCCUGCUGGACUCUUAGCUCCCACACUGUCAACAUGCCCCCCCCUUUUAAUGCUGGAGUCCACAAGCACCCCUUUAACCUUGGUAUCAGCAUAGGUGGCAGAAAGGGCUAGCCCAGUUUUAAGGCACAAGAAGCCCUAGAGAAGGAUAGGCAGGGGUGUGGGGGAAAGCGACCAGGAUGGUGGAGCAGAUUAAGGCUGCAAAUACUUCUUGAGAAAGCCAAAUGAGCCAUGAAAGAAAGAUGAUUGCCCAUGAUAUGUACAUUUGUUCACUGUUCCACCUAGUCAAAAAUCCACGGGGCAGGGGCAUAGCAGAAGGUUGGCUACUCACUUUACCUUGUAUCUCCAUCCACAGAAGAGCUAGACUUCUUUUUCUAAAAUAGGGCCAGAUUAUUACAGAAGCAUCUGCAAUAUGAAUGGAGGGCAGGUACAGGCCCUUGCACGGUGUCCUCCCCCAGCACAUUUGAGUGCCAGGAGAGACUUGCAGAGCAACAUGUAAUUGCACUGUGUGUUGAGCAAUCACAUGCUCUCGCGUAACUAGAACUGUGUGUGGCACAGGGCAUGGAUGUAUGAGACUGGCUGUUGGCAGCAGGUAUACCAGAUUUAUUCUGUCACCAAUAAAAUGGGUAUGAUUGUA